UAGGGCGUGCUGACGCGCGCGCUCGAGCUGAGGCUGAUUCCGCGCCCGCCAUGGCCGACAAAAUGGACAUGUCCCUGGACGACAUCAUUAAGCUGAACCGGAGCCAGCGAGGCGGUCGCGGCGGGGGCCGGGGCCGCGGCCGGGUCGGCUCUCAGGGCGGCCGAGGCGGGGCGCAGGCCGCCGCAAGAGUGAAUCGAGGCGGCGGUCCGAUCCGGAACCGGCCGUCCAUCGCCCGCGGCGCGGCGGGCGGCGGCGGCAGGAACCGGCCGGCGCCCUACAGCAGGCCGAAGCAACUUCCUGACAAGUGGCAGCAUGACCUUUUCGACAGCGGCUUUGGGGGCGGCGCCGGCGUGGAGACGGGUGGGAAGCUGCUCGUGUCGAAUCUGGAUUUUGGAGUGUCCGACGCUGAUAUUCAGGAACUCUUUGCUGAAUUUGGGACCCUGAAGAAGGCAGCUGUGCAUUACGAUCGCUCUGGCCGCAGUUUAGGAACAGCUGACGUGCACUUUGAGCGGAAGGCAGAUGCCCUGAAAGCCAUGAAGCAGUACAACGGCGUCCCCUUGGACGGCCGCCCCAUGAACAUCCAGCUCGUCACGUCACAGAUCGACACACAGCGGAGACCUGCACAGAGUGUGAACAGAGGCGGGAUGACUAGAAACCGUGGAUCUGGAGGUUUUGGUGGUGGUGGUGGCACCCGGCGAGGCACACGUGGGGGCAGCCGGGGCAGAGGCAGAGGCGCCAGCAGGAGUUCAAAGCAGCAGCUUUCCGCAGAGGAGCUGGACGCCCAGCUGGACGCCUAUAAUGCCAGAAUGGACACCAGCUAAGCAGACCAGCAAAUCCGUGCAUGGGACAAGCCGCGGACUUUGGGCCGUGCUCCCUGGCGGGAGGGGGUGGCGGACUCGGGCUGCGUGGCCAAUGAUGGAUUUGUUUCUUGUAUGUUUUAAAAUAGGAUUUAAAAACUCAUGUAAAGGUUUUUUUUUUUUUUUUUUUUUUUUAAAUUCUGAAACAGACCUGUUUUGUACCGAGUUAUUUUUGGGAUAAAUUUUACUGGUUGCUGUUGUGGAGAAGGUGGCGUUUUCACCUUUGCCAUAAUAAAGUAGAAACGUGUGUAGAACUGGA